GCCAGAGCAACGCACACUGGGUCAGGAGCUGCCCCCUUUAGAGCACCAGGCUGGCUGAGGGGAAGUCACCAAGAGAACUGAGAGAAUGGGGAACUCUCCGCUGAGGGAAAACAGGUGGCAGCAGAACACUCAAGAAAUACCCUGGACUCUGGAAAACCAAAGCUUCGAACAGAGAACAUCCAGAUGCUGGGACUGCUACGUUGCCGAAGGGUGUUUCUGCCUUCCGUGGAAAAAAGUAUGCAUUUGUAAAGCAAAGCCAGAUUCCUCAAAGACGAAUAAAGGAAUGUCAUCUGCUCCUGUGCAGCAGGACAGUGCUGAUCAGAGCUCCUCGGAGGAUCUCUGCUACACCCACAUUAAUCAUGUCGUCCUUGGGAGAAGGCUAUCAGGGAUCUCCAGUGAGGGGUUCUAUGAGAACGUUUCCCCUAAGACCAAGACAUCCAGGAAGUCCUUGGGAGAAACCGAGACUUCAUACGCACUUCUCCGGGUGCCUUCCUCCCCAAGGCAUUUGUCUUCCCCAGAAGAUGAAUAUGAACUUGUAGUCCCUAGUAGAAUCUCCUUCCACUCCCUGCAACAGCCACAUGUACCUCUGCUACCGUCAAAGACUCAGGUUUCCUAUUUAUAAUGAAAUAGUUGGACCAGCACUUGUCUAAUACCAGUAAAUAAAAACUGGGGGUGUGGGGCUCUGGUUGAAGCAGGUGUGGGGUCUAGAGCCCUUCAGGCUUACCCCCCUCCACACACACAACAGCCUUUGUUACAGGGGUCUCUGCAGAAUCCGGUUUGCCAACCACAGGGCCUCUUAGAUCCAGCUCAAUAUUCAUCAUCCAAAGACCAACCACCUAUCCCGAACACCGCUCUUUGAGAACGGAGUGGCCAUCUUUGAUUCCAAAUAGCUUUGGAAAAGGACCAAUUAGCUCAAUGGAGGGAGGGGAUUCUUGGUCACCUACAGCUAUGAGUAUCACAAAGGGUCUGCUCCUUUGUCCAGAUUCUUCUCCAUAAAAUGUCCACAUGAUUGUUUCCUGGAGUCACAAGGAAACUUUAUCCAUCGUACUAAGUGUGCCGAGGGGUUCCACUGGUUCCACACAUUUGAAGGACCAACCCCUCACUCCAAGCCUUCCAGGUGGCAACCUGUGUGUUCCUCUCACCCUGUGCCACUUAACCGUGUCCUUUGCAUUGUGUCCUUUGACUCGUUGACCCUUGUGGUUUUGUUGGUUAUGUGAGUUGAAUCAGUAAGUUCUACAUCAGGUUUUUAUAUAAUUUUUAAUAAAAUUUUAGUCCAUA